AAAUCGGACGAAAGAUAAACAGACAAAUGUUUACUCAUACGGCCAGCAAUGAUAUCGCACUUAUGGGUGUGCUUGUUACAGCGUUACCAAACCCGUUGCCGAGGAUUUCAAAGCCAUUACCAUCAAUACCUAAUGAGAGAAAGACAGAAGACGGUACCACCGCCAUUAAAAAUGACGAAAGUACAAUUAGUGAAGGCGUUCGAAGUGCAAUCGAUGAUUAUUUCGCAAAGCAAGAAUUAGUAAAUGAAUUUCAAAGGGCUAAUCGAGGAAUUAAGAUUACAUAUAGACACCCAGCAUCCCUUCCUGAUAUCCCAUAUAGAUACAAACGAUAUACAAAGGAGAAACUCCCAGCAGGAGGACUGGAUACAAAGGAUAAGACCACUGUUCAUGAUACUGAGCUCAAAGAAAAACAUAUAACCCCUACUGAUAGUUACACAACGCUCGAGACCAGUAAUCCCACUGGGAUAAUAUCAAGUUCAAUAAAGCCUAACCCGAUUUUGGACUUAUCCUCUGAAAGGCUUGAUAUUGAAAAUAGUCAAUCGUUCAAUAAAUCCGAUUUCAAUUUAAUAUUGGAUAAUUCAAAUCUCGAUAUGAUUGAAUCAAAUAGUAAAAAUAACAUAGAGUCUAAUAUUGUAGAGUUAGAAAACAUCGACACUACUUCGAUAAACAAAAUGGAGACUGAGAGUGCAAAUAAAAUACCAAAAUUGACAGUUUCUUUGACUCCAUUAAAAAUAGCGGAAGAUUCAAUCACACAAAAUAACGACACUCUAGCUCAAGUUGAAACCGAUAAACCACCUAGGCCGUCUAGACUAACGCUUAGUCCGAUUUCGACAAGAAGGGCCAACAAGAUGGUUUCAACUGUGGAUUUUAUUAAAACUGAUCAACUUAAACUACCUCAAAUGGAUAUACAAACACCAAGAAGCAUCAAAGGGACGUUUAAUCUCAGAGCGAGUACAAGUUCUGAGAGUUCAUUUCAAGAUCUAGUUCACGAGGACAUGACAAAUGUUGCAACUCCGUUUCGACCUGCAAGCGAUCCUGGUAGAACACUCCCUCCGUUGAACUUUCAAUCAACAUUACGGGAGGACGAUCAUAAAAUGGUUCAAGGUGAUAAAGACUGGUUUAAGGUGCUAAGCGAUCAAGAACUGACCGAGAAGAUUACCCUUAAAAUGUGUGAAGACCCGGUAUCAUAUGACACUUUUGCAAAUACACGGAUCUCUCCGAGAGGAGCGGAUGUAUCCAAACAUAGAGACGAAACAACAGAUAUUACAAAUACUGUGCAAUCAAAUGUCGGAUUUAUAAGGACGAAAAAGGGAAACAAACGACCUAAGAAAGGUGUUUUUCCCAUAUUUGAUCAGAAUCCUAAUGGCCCAUUGCAACGGGUAGGCGAGAAAACUAGAAAACGUCAAAAGAAAAAGAGUGCAUAAAUAUUAAAUCAGGAGACAUAGCUGCAAUUUAUAUGUUUAUGGCAAAGCAAUAAAUUGUUGUUUUUUUCUUCAAAUAAAUAUUAUUUAAAAUGAA